ACUCGCUACGUCACCUCUGUCUUCAAAUAUUUGACCACUUAUAAAAGAUGACGCUUGGGGUCAAAAACCUUUGUCUACCUUUGUACCCGGACCUCGCCUCUAUACCAAAGGUCAUGUAUAGAGUCCUCCCGACCUUGUGAACGAUCAUAGUAAACCCACGCCCACUUCUAUCUCGUGGUACGCGGACCAGUCUUUCAAUCAUUCUUCCAACACCGCACCAACAUGUCGCACUCCAAGACCGCUCUCGUCACCGGUGGGACCCGAGGAAUCGGCUACGGUAUAGCCGAGGAGCUCGCCUCUGCCGGGUACGAUCUCGUUCUAGGCUACCAAAAGAACCAAGAACGCGCUCAAGACGCCAAAGAAAACUUGGAGAAAACGUACAAGACUCGCGUGUUCCUGGUGGGGGGUGGGGCGGAAGAAGAAGCCACGGUGGACGCUUACUUCUCCUGUAUCGACGAGAACUACGGCGGCAAGCUGACUGCGCUCGUCCACAACGCCGGUGGUUACUUGGGUGGUACCUCACCCGGCAAACCUGACGCCAACGGCAGCUGGUUCCAGGGCUGGGAGGCGUACGAGUACUACCAGGGCAUGUACCCGAAAUGUUUCAUCAGGCUCGUGGAAAAGGCAGUCACCCGUAUGGAGGACGAGCGAGGCUACAUCGUCGGUGUGUCCUCUCCUGGAUGCAAUAAUUCUUGCAGCCCCUUGCUCAACUACAUCAUGCCUGGCAUCUCCAAGUCCAGUAUGGAGUACCUGGUUCGGCACUACGCUAAGCAACUGGCGCCCAGGAGGAUCACUUGCAACGUCGUCAUCCCUGGGUACACCAAAACAGAGGCCUGGGAGCCCGUUCUUAAAGAACAUGGAGCGGAUCUAAUCGAGAGUAGGGUGAAUUCCUUCGGUAUGAAGCGGUGGGGGUCUCCGCGCGAAGUCGGCGGGGUGGUGGCGUUCCUGUGCUCGGAGAAGGCGGCGUUCGUCACGGGUGUUGCUCUACCUGUGGACGGUGGGCUACAUCUCAGGUGAUCGCGAUGAACCUGAACUCUAGAUCUCCGAAUGUACCAUAGACCACAUAGUAGAUUGAAAUCGUGACUGUAGACAAACUUCCAAUGUGUAAUUGACGAUAUGUUCAUUCCAAUCAUUUGUGUGUUCUUGCUAGAGGUUCUAAGGUAAUAUCAUACGUUAACAAACAUGCUAUAAAUAACACAAUAAUAAUUUCAUAAUCCAAAGAAAAUCCAAAGAAAAUCUUUUGAAGUUCAGAUACGUCCUAAUAUUGAUAAGUUCAUCGACACCACAAAAGUACUCGUACACGGAGUUUCCUAUGGCUAUCUAAACAUCUACAUCACACUAGAUUAGAACGUAUGUUGCCCUAUACGAGUACAAGAAUAACAUUGCUACAAUUGUCAUAUCUAUAUAUGUGUCUUCCAACACCUUCCCUAUUAUAUUUAGAUGUAAUCUAAAUGCCUUGUCUAAGCAACAACCUUUGAAGUUUAGUUGACCUAUAUAGUUGACUCUAUGCUACUUAUAUAAACAAUAAAUGACUUAUCAACCUAUUGACUACCUAGUCAAUUUCUGUUGAUCAUUAACACAUCAUAGAAGUAAAGUGCUUCUGGGCAACACGUGUAGAUUAUUAUUUUUAUAGGGCUACAGUGCCAGUGGCCUAGUUUACACAGUCACGCGUUUUCUGAGUCGAAUUGGAGUAUACUCUACUGAAUGUAAGUCAUUGGAGUAUAAACAGAACAGGGUACUCAAAUAAUCUUAUCUCGGACUCGACUUGAGUAACUUUGAAACCAUGGUCGUAAGUUUCUCGUGUUUUCUUGUGUGCAAUUCCACGAAGCCCAGUCCAAGUAGACCCUCGGUCUGAGUUAUGUAAUGCUCAGAUCAGAGGUCAUAUAGAAAUCCAUGUAUCAAUUUUCUAUUUCUUUCGU